AUGGCACUCAGGGCAAAGGCAGAGGUGUGCAUGGCAGCACCCUGGCUGUCCCUGCAAAGGGCACAGGCACUAAGCACUAGAGCCUCUCGGGCCCCCAGUACCGUGCUGCCCUUUGAAGCCAUACCCCAGCGUCCAGGCAACAGGUGGCUGAGGCUGCUGCAGAUCUGGAGGGAGCAGGGUUAUGAGCACCUGCACCUGGAGCUGCACCAGACCUUCCAGGAACUGGGGCCCAUUUUCAGGUACCACUUGGGAGGACCACGCAUGGUGUGUGUGAUGCUGCCGGAGGACGUGGAGAAGCUACAGCAGGUGGACAGCCUGCAUCCCCACAGGAUGAGCCUGGAGCCCUGGGUGGCCUACAGACAACAUCGUGGGCACAAAUGUGGCGUGUUCUUGCUGAAUGGGCCUGAAUGGCGCUUCAAUCGAUUGCGGCUGAACCCAGAUGUGCUGUCGCCCAAGGCCGUGCAGAGGUUCCUCCCGAUGGUGGACGCGGUGGCCAGGGACUUCUCCCAGGCCCUGAGGAAGAAGGUGCUGCAAAACGCCCGGGGGAGCCUGACCCUGGACGUCCAGCCCAGCAUCUUCCACUACACCAUAGAAGCCAGCAACUUAGCUCUUUUUGGAGAGCGGCUGGGCCUGGUUGGCCACAGCCCCAGCUCUGCCAGCCUGAACUUCCUCCAUGCCCUGGAGGUCAUGUUCAAAUCCACCGUCCAGCUCAUGUUCAUGCCCAGGAGCCUGUCUCGCUGGACCAGCCCCAAGGUGUGGAAGGAGCACUUUGAGGCCUGGGACUGCAUCUUCCAGUACGGCGACAACUGUAUCCAGAAAAUCUAUCAGGAACUGGCUUUCAGCCGCCCUCAACACUACACAGGCAUCGUGGCGGAACUCCUGUUGAAUGCAGAACUGUCACUAGAAGCCAUCAAGGCCAACUCUAUGGAACUCACUGCAGGGAGCGUGGACACGACUGCGUUUCCGUUGCUGAUGACACUCUUUGAGCUGGCUCGGAACCCCGACGUGCAGCAGGCCCUGCGCCAGGAGAGCCUGGCCGCCGCUGCCAGCAUCAGUGAACAUCCCCAGAAGGCAACCACUGAGCUGCCCUUGCUGCGGGCGGCCCUCAAGGAGACCUUGAGGCUCUACCCUGUGGGUCUGUUUUUGGAGCGAGUGGUGAGCUCAGACUUGGUGCUUCAGAACUACCACAUCCCAGCUGGGACAUUGGUGCAGGUUUUCCUCUACUCGCUGGGUCGCAACCCCGCCGUGUUCCCGAGGCCUGAGCGCUAUAAUCCCCAGCGCUGGCUAGACAUCAGGGGCUCUGGAAAGAACUUCCACAACGUGCCCUUUGGCUUUGGCAUGCGCCAGUGCCUGGGGCGGCGCCUGGCAGAAGCGGAGAUGCUGCUGCUGCUGCACCAUGUGCUGAAACACUUCCUGGUGGAGACACUAACCCAAGAGGAUAUAAAGAUGGUCUACAGCUUCAUAUUGAGGCCCGGCACGUUCCCCCUCCUCACUUUCAGAGCGAUCAACUAG